AUGUUCCGCUGCCAACCGCCGAUUGUCUUCCCCCCAACCCCGCCGCCAUCACCGCCGUCUACCCCGCCUCGCACACUGUCCCCCAUAGCCGACUCGCUCACGCGCAACCGCGUCGGCAUCCCGCCUACCCUCUCCCACCUCUUGUCCGUCGGCAAGGGCCGUGUCCUCUCGCUUGCGGCGGACGAGGACCACGUCUUUGCUGGCUGCCAGAGCUGCGACAAUGAGAUCACCGUCUUCUCGCGGUCGUCUCUCCAGCCUCUGUUCCGCUUGCUGGGACAUGCAGGCAGUGUGCUGGCGCUGCUUGUGAUCAAGGAGAAGGGCUGGCUCGUGUCGAGCAGCAGCGCGGGUGACGUAAGGAUCUGGUGCACUACCACUUUCGAGCCCCUGUACAUCAUCCGCCCAUGCGAUGACACCUCGGGCGACAUCUACUCGUUGGCGUGGGACGACCGCAACGGCGGGACGCUCUACUUUGGCGCGCAAAACACCACCAUCGAGUGGGUCAACUUUUCCAAGUUGCCCAACGGGUCCCCCGCCGGCUCUGCCACUGUCAUCUCGAUCAACAGCCCCACUGAAGCUACCAACUCUCUCAACGCUGCGCCAAAGCUCACCACGCCCAAGUGCUCGCCUCCUGCCUCGAGCCAGAGCCCAGCUCCAUCGGUCCGCUCAGGACGGUACAAGCCACACUCCUUCUUCGACACCCCGCCUGCCGAUGUGCGGAGUGGAACGAGCACGCCCCGUACACCCGGCGCCGUCCUGGCCUCUGGUCGUUGCACCACCCCGAUCCCGGCCGGUGUGGCAGCUUCCGACGUCGCUGGCCGCCUGCUCCGCGCCACGUCCGUGACCGAGUUUGAAAUUGACGUCGACUCGACUCUGUUUUACGCGCACUAUGGCUACGUCUAUGCCCUCGACAUGAUCACGCGUCCAGAUGGCUCCCGGUGGCUCGCGAGCGGAAGCGGCGACUCGGACCUCAAGAUCUGGGAAUGCGCACCUCGCGGCGGCCUCCACCUCGUUCGCGAAUUCAGCGGGCUCAGUGGCGCCGUGCUCUCGAUCGCGCACCGCGACUCGCUCAUCUACGCCGGACUCCAGGACGGCGAGAUUGACGUGUGGGACCUCGAGACCGGCGCCCGUAUCCGGACGAUUGAAGCGCACGACGCCGACGUCAUGGCCAUGACGGUCCUCGGCUGCGACGUGUUCACUGGUGCGGCUGAUGGGCGCGUGCUGCGCAUAGACGAGUCGUUUGACUGCACCGCCGCGUUCAAGGCACACGCAGACGUCGUUCUCGCGGCGCUCAUUGUGCCGGCCGCGCGCAAGCCCGGGCAGUACGAGCUGAUCACUGCCGGAAACGACUCGUUUGUCAAGAUUUGGUCCAUCCCAAUGGCCCGUGCCACCCGCCACGAUACCGACAUUGAUGACAUUGAAGGCGUGAUCGAGGGCUCGGGCGACGUCAUGCUCUACGCUCUCAAGAAGCUUGUGGCUGUCCCCACCGUGAGCGACGAGGCGCACCGCGAGAGCUGUCGUCAAGGCGCCCAUUUGCUCAAAAAGCUGCUCGGCCAGCUCGGUGCGUCGGCAGAGAUGCUCUCGGGCGACCCCGGUCGCAACCCACUCGUCCUCGCCACGUUCACCGGUCGCGACACUGGCAAGCCUCGCAAGCGCGUCCUCUUCUACGGCCACUAUGACGUCCAACCCGUCGGCGAAAAGGACUGGGAGAGCGACCCGUGGGAGCUGACCGGCCGUAACGGCUACCUCUACGGACGCGGUGUCACCGACAACAAGGGUCCCAUCAUGGCCGUUGCGUGUGCCGCUGCCGCAUUGAGGCAGCGCCGCGAGCUGGACGUGGACCUCGUGAUGCUCAUUGAAGGCGAGGAGGAGGCUGGCAGUCGCGGCUUUGCAGCGGCGGUGAGGAGGAACAAGGACCACAUUGGCAAAGUCGACGUCGUCCUCCUCGCCAACUCGACCUGGAUCGACGAAGAAGACCCGUGUGUCGUGUACGGUAUGCGUGGUGUCGUGUACGCAAACCUGUCCGUGUCGAGCGAGGGCGACGACGCCCACAACGGUGUGGAGGGAGGUGCUGUCGCCGAGCCCAUGUUUGACCUCGUUCGGGUCUUGGGUAGUUUGGCGGACGCGCAGGGCGUCAAGUUGCCUGGUUUCUACGAAGCAGUGCGCAAGCAGACGCCCGAGGAACUGGAGCUCCUCUCCUCUGUCGCGCGCGCGUCUGGCCGGCCGCUCGACGAGCUCGUCCGCGUCUGGCGCCAACCGUCCUUCUCCAUCGCCAACAUCACCACCUCGGGCGCGGCCAACAAGACGGUCAUCCCGCGCCGCGUGUGCGCCGACAUUUCCAUGCGUCUCGUCCCAGACCAGGACCUGGACACGAUCGUCGACGACCUCGUCGCCUACUGCGAAAAGGUGUUUACCGACCUCGACAGCCCCAACCACCUCGACGUGACCAUUACGCACGCCGCGUCGUGGUGGCUGGCGAGCCUCGACCACCCGUACUUUGUCGCGCUCGAGGACGCCGUCAAGGACAUUUGGGGCCAGCAGCCGCUCAAGAUCCGCGAGGGCGGGACGGUGCCGACCAUGUCGUGGCUCGAGAGGGAGUUUGCCGCGCCGUGCGUGCACCUGCCCCUCGGCCAGUCGAGCGAUGCGGGACACUUGGCAAACGAGCGCAUCCGCUUGCUCAACCUCAACAACGGCAAGAAGGUCGUAGAAAACUAUCUGUCUCGAUUGGCGCGGAUCUGA